GAUGUGAGCGCAUGGAUGGACCUGAACUUUCUGUAUCUUAACGAUAAAAAGACAGAAGUCAUUUUAUUUGGUAACUCUGAUAAACUGACAGGAUGCAGUAGUGCUGUUGGACCACUGGACUCUUCGUCUGGCCGUGUGUCUGUUAGAAAUCUUGGGGUGAUUUUGGACUUUGAUUUUAAAUUUAAUGAACAUAACAGUGCAGUAGUCCAGUCUAGCUUUUAUCAUCAAAGACUUAUAAGUAAAGUCAAGGAUUAUCUGUCUCAUAAUGCCCUUGAGAGGGUUAUUCAUGUUUUUAUCACUUCCACACUGGACUACUGCAACUCGCUUUAUUGUGGGAUUGAUCAGUCUUUGGUUGGUUGUCUACAGUUGCCCAUUUAUUAACAGGGACAAGACGCCAUGAACACAUCACUCUGAUCUUGUAUUCUCUUCACUGGUUGCCUGUUUCUUUUAGAAUUAUUUUUAAGAUUAUUUUUUUUAGUUUUUAAAUGUCUAAAUGGUUUGGCACCUCGUUAUCUUACUGAGCUUUUACAGCCUCACAUACCAAAUAGAUCAUUAAGAUCUGUAAAUCAAAAGCUUUUAGUUGUUCCCAGGUCUCGGCUUGUGACCAGGGGAGACAGCGCCUUUUCAGCUGCAGGACCUCGGCUCUGGAACAACCUCCCACUGUCUGUGAGGUCUGCUGGGUCUCUAAAUGAGUCUCUGUUAAAAACUCAUGUUUGAACAGAUAUUAGAGCCUGAAGAACACGAUCAUUAGGCCAGCCUUUAUUUUUGUUUGAUUUUAUUGUUUAUUUUAUUUCUGUACUUCAUUGUUUUUAUUUUACGUUCCUGUACAGCACAUUGGUUUUAUUGUGAUUUAUAAAUAAAUGAUGAUGAUGAUGAUAGUACAUAAUAUUGGGUGCUUGUUUUUGUGGCAUUUUCUCUUCAGUUCUAUCUUCAACAAGAGAAAAUGCUCAAUUGGAUUCAGGUCCGGUGAUUGACUUGGCCGUUGCCAACACUCCACUUCUUUGUUUUACAAAACUCUUCGGUUCCUUUCACAGUAGGCUUUGGAUCAUUGUCCAUCUGCACUGUGAAGCACUGUCCAAAAUGUUCUGAAGCAUUUGGCUGAACACGAGCAGACGUUUUUGCCUGAAACACUUCAGAGGUCACUUCAGAACAUGCUGAAAACAAAACUGAAGGGAAAAUGCCCAAAGACAGUGGCAGUAGAGGCAGAGCAUCAAAUUUAUCCUAAUAUGCAGAAAAAUGAUGGUUGUUCUUUAAGUCUCUUGUUUAAUUAUAAAGUGAAAACAAGCACUUUUACUCCUCUGCUUGUCUAACAUUUUGGUAACAUUUUUUUAUAUGACGUUGUUAAUUCGACCAGACAUUAAGUUCUGACAUCUGACACUUUUCAAAGACUUAUUUAAUUUAUAUUUUAUUCCCUCAGACCUCUGAAUGUUUCUCCACUGAAAGUGGGUCGAGGACCGUGUUGUCUCUGUCCAAAGUGCUGAAACCGCCGCUCCGGGGGACAGAUCAUGUGACUGCGCAUCCCCUUCCUCGUGGUGGGAGGGGGAGUGGGGGGACGCCAACGCGUGCUCCGUGGACACCGACAGUUGGGUCCUCAUCGUGCUCAUGAAGCCUCCUCUCUGACACGCUGUGUGUGUGUGUGUGUGUGUGCAGCUCGCCCGCAGCGGAGCUCCCAGCAGCAGCAGCUGAACCGUCAGCCGCUCCGUCAGUGUGCGCGUGGUGGAGAUGGGCUCUCGGCAGCGGGCUGCUGCUGCUGCCCACCAAGUGUGACUGCUGGGUUUCGGAGUUUUUAGGGAGCGGGGAGGAGAGAGGAUGUGAGGAUCCCGCAGGCGAAGCCACCCCGCGCUCGCCAGCAUGCAGAAGGGGAUGAGACUGAACGAUGGGCACAUCACAUAUCUGGCGCUCCUGGCCAAGAAGGACGGCACGAGGCGAGGCUUCCUCUUCAAGAAGAGCUCGGACAACACCAAAUGGCACGCCAAGUGGUUCUCGCUGCUGCAGAACAUGCUGUUUUACUUCGAGAGCGACUCCAGCUCGCGCCCCUCCGGACUCUACCUGUUGGAGGGCUGCGUGUGUGAGCGGGCUCCGUCCCCCAAACCGCUUCUCUCUGCCAAGGAAUGCUUAGAGAAGCAGUAUUACUUCACGGUCACGUUCAGUCAUGAGAACCAGAAGACUUUGGAGCUGCGCACAGAAGACGUCAAAGACUGUGACGAGUGGGUGGCUGCUAUCACACAGGCCAGCUACAGGAACCUGGCUACAGAGCACGAGACCCUCAUGCAGAAGUAUCUUCAUCUUCUCCAAAUAGUGGAGACGGAGAAAACGGUUGCCAAGCAGCUUCGACAACAGAUCGAGGAUGGGGAAAUCGAGAUAGAGCGGCUAAAAUUGGAGAUUUCUGGAAUCUUAAAGGAUAAUGAGAAGAUCCAGUCAAACCCGGAGGUGCCCCCCAGUGAGGACGACACAGAGAUAAAAAAGAUAAAGAAGGUCCAGAGUUUUUUGCGUGGCUGGAUUUGCCGCCGGAAGUGGAAAACCAUCAUCCAGGACUACAUCCGUUCCCCCCACGCCGAGAGCAUGAGGAAGAGGAACCAAGUGGUGUUCAGCAUGCUCGAGGCGGAGGCCGAGUACGUCCAGCAGCUUCACAUCUUGGUCAACAACUUCCUGCGUCCGCUCCGCAUGGCGGCCAGCUCCAAGAAACCCCCCAUCACACACGACGACGUCAGCAGCAUCUUCCUGAACAGUGAGACCAUUAUGUUCCUCCACCAGAUCUUCUACCAGGGUCUGAAGGCCAGGAUAGCCAGCUGGCCAACCCUGGUGUUGGCUGACCUGUUUGACAUCUUACUGCCCAUGUUGAACAUCUACCAGGAGUUUGUGAGGAACCACCAGUACAGCCUGCAGAUCUUGGCCCACUGCAAACAGAACCGAGACUUUGAUAAACUUCUGAAACAGUACGAGGCCAAGCCGGACUGCGAGGAAAGAACACUGGAGACGUUCCUCACUUAUCCCAUGUUCCAGAUCCCUCGUUACAUUCUGACGUUGCACGAGUUACUGGCUCACACUCCUCACGAGCAUGUGGAGAGAAACAGUUUGGACUUUGCCAAGUCAAAACUGGAGGAACUUUCUAGGAUCAUGCACGAUGAGGUGAGUGAGACGGAGAACAUCAGGAAGAACCUGGCCAUUGAGCGCAUGAUCGUGGAGGGUUGUGAAGUUCUUCUAGACACGAGUCAGACGUUUGUACGACAAGGCUCUCUGAUUCAGGUGCCGAUGAGUGAAAAAGGGAAAAUCACGAGAGGUCGACUGGGCUCUCUGUCUCUGAAGAAGGAGGGCGAGAAACAGUGUUUCCUUUUCUCCAAACAUCUCAUCAUCUGUACGCGGGGGUCAGGAGGAAAACUUCACAUCACCAAGAAUGGAGUGGUGUCUCUCAUUGACUGCACCCUGAUGGAGGAGCCAGAGGGCACAGACGAUGAGUCCAAAGGAGAGCGGAGCGGCCAGGACUCAGAGCACCUGGACUUUAAGAUCAUAGUGGAGCCUAAAGAGGGCCAGCCUUACAACGUCAUCCUUGUCGCUUCAUCACGACAGGAAAAGUCAGCGUGGACUAGCGACAUAAGUCAAUGCAUUGACAACAUCCGCUGCAAUGGUCUGAUGAUGAACGCCUUCGAGGAAAACAGUAAAGUCACCGUCCCACAGAUGAUUAAGUCAGACACCAGCUUGUACUGCGACGACGUCGACAUUCGCUUCAGCAAGAUGAUGAACUCCUGCAAGGUGCUGCAGAUCCGCUACGCCAGCGUGGAGCGCCUGCUGGAGAGGCUGAUCGACCUGCGCUUCCUCUCCAUCGACUUCCUCAAUACUUUCCUCCACUCUUACCGGGUCUUCACCAGCGCCGACGUGGUGCUGGACAAGCUCAUCACCAUCUACAAGAAACCGAUCAGCGCCAUCCCCGCACGCUCCUUGGAGCUUUUCUUCGCCAGCAGUCAGAACAACAAGCUCCUGUACGGCGAGUCUCCCACGUCGCCGCGCGCCAGCCGCAAGUUCUCCUCCCCCCCUCCCCUCUCCAUCGCCAAGACGUCCUCGCCGAACCGCCGCCGCAAGCUCUCGCUCAACAUCCCCAUCAUCACGGGCGGCAAAGCCCUGGACCUGGCCGCGCUCGGCUGCCCUCCCAACGGCUACGCGGGCGUGCACGCCACCGUGUCGCCCUUCGGCAAGACCGCGCUGGACAUCAACAAGCUCUACGUGUCCAGCGCCGUGGCCAGCAAGAUCCCCGACGAAGAGGAGCCCAGAGCCGCCGAGAGCAAGGCCGAGGAGUCUGGUGUCAGCAAGCAAGAUCUGUCUGUGAGAGAGGAAUGCGAUGAAGACCCGAGUCAGAGCGAUGAGGCAGAAGCAGAUAUGUCUCCCCCCAAGUCACCGUCAACUCCCAAAAACGUCAAGGCCAAAAACUCUGAGUUCUCCUUGUUUUCCUUCAACAACGGCAUGGUGGUGUCUUCCUGCCGGGAGCUGGACAAUAACCGCAGCGCCCUGUCCGCCGCCUCGGCCUUUGCCAUUGCUACGGCCGGCGCCAACGAAGGCACGCCCACCAAGGAGAAGUACCGCCGGAUGUCCCUGGCCAGCACAGGUUUUCCUACAGACCAGAGGAACGGAGACAAAGAGUUUGUCAUCCGACGAGCUGCCACCAACAGAGUUCUGAACGUGCUGCGUCACUGGGUCUCCAAACACUCGCAGGACUUUGAGAAGAACUCAGAACUGAAGCUGCGGGUUAUUGGUUUCCUGGAGGAGGUGAUGCAUGACCCAGAGCUCCUGACACAGGAAAGAAAAGCAGCUGCCAAUAUUAUUAGGACUCUGACCCAGGAGGAUCCAGGAGACAACCAGGCCACCAUAGAAAGCAUCACACAGAUGGCAAUGGAAGAAAGUAAGACUGAACCGUUUGAGAACCACUCAGCUUUGGAGAUUGCUGAGCAGCUCACAAUGCUGGACCACCUGGUCUUCAAAGUCAUCCCAUACGAGGAGUUUUUUGGUCAAGGUUGGAUGAAGAACGACAAGAACGAGCGAACUCCGUACAUCAUGAAAACCACCAAACAUUUCAACGAUAUCAGUAACAGGAUCGCCUCGGAGAUCCUCCACUGGGACGACGUGAACACGCGGGUGGCGGUGGUGGAGAAGUGGGUGGCGGUGGCGGACAUCUGUCGCUGCCUCCACAACUACAACGCCGUGCUGGAGAUCACGUCCUCGCUCAACCGCAGCUCCAUCUUCCGCCUCAAGAGGACCUGGCUCAAAGUUUCCAAGCAGACAAAGACGGUGAUUGAUAAGCUACAGAAGCUGGUGUCAUCAGAGGGACGAUUCAAAAACCUGAGAGAGGCUCUGAAGAACUGUGACCCUCCCUGUGUGCCCUACCUGGGGAUGUACCUGACGGACUUAGCCUUUAUCGAGGAGGGAACACCUAACUACACCGAGGACAACCUGGUCAAUUUCUCUAAGAUGAGAAUGAAAUCUCAUAUUAUCAGAGAGAUCCGACAGUUUCAGCAAACAGCCUACAAGAUAGAUUUUCAGCCAAAGGCGGCGAAGUACCUGCUGGACCUCAGCACCGUGAUGGAUGAGGAGAGCCUGUACGAAGCCUCUCUGAGGAUCGAGCCCAAAACGUCAUCAUGAAGAGGGUUUCUGUGUGGAGCACCCAGAAACAAGAUCUCUACAUGUACAUUAUUUGUAUUAGACACAGUAGACUAUGCCCUUCUAGUAUUUGCUCUCCGACGGACUCUUUGUGUAUAUUUGUUAUUAUAAACUGAGUAGAAGACCAGA